UCCCACAGCAUUUUGUAGUGCAAAAUUUUGAAGUUUUUAAUAUAUUAAUAUUUUUUUACUUCUUUUUAUAUAUAGAGACAUCAUCAUCUCAAGUAUUGGUGUUUUAAAAUAAAGUGACUACACAAUGCACCCGCUACGCGAGCGCGCGUGUGAUGAUGUCCUCGAGAACCCGCUGCUGUCGUCGCCGCCGCCGGAGCCCGUGAAGCCGCGCCCGCCCCGCGAGCGCCGCCCAAGACAAUUCAAAAUUCCACCAAAAUUUGUUUUGAUUACUGAAGAUUUCUAUGAAAAAUGGGUCAACCAUCUGAAACAGCUUCAAAUGAUGCGGCACAUCGUGGACGACCACCCGCCGGAGCUGUUCCCCGACAUGUACCUGAAGCCGCGCCGGCUCAACUACUACGCGCAGCAGCUCGAGCACAACAUGAACGUCAACAAGGACCUGCUCAAGAAGAUCAACAUCAUACAGAGGACUGGGGGCUUCGUAGACUGCUGGACGCGGCCGGAGCCCACCAACACGUACAACAAGCUCAUGGUGAAGAAGCGACAGCGCGACCUCGACACAGUUCAAAAUCAGAACGAAUACUUCUACAAUAGACUACUUAUCGCUCGAUCAGAACAGCCGUCGACAAAACAAUUUGAUGAAAUGUGGAAGGAUACGAAGCAGAAACUGAUCCUUGGGGCGUCGUUACCAUUUAUAUUGUUCAAGACUGAAAAAAUUGAUCGUGGUGUCCACGAUCCCGCUUUUGACAAACCUAUGCACAUAUUCAGAAGCAAGGUGGCCCUGGACAUAAGGGUGGUGGCUGGUGCGAAAAUUGGCAAGGUGAUGAUCGAGUUGUUCUCGGACAUCGCGCCUCGGACGUGUCAGCUGUUCCUGAGCCUUGUGAAAGGUGACAAGCGCGGCUACGCAUACACCGGCUGUAGAAUCUUCAGAAUCGUGCCCGAUCUGUACUGCCGGGGAGGUGACGUGGAGAAGGACAACGGCUACGGCUGCUUCUUGCCCGAUGGCGAAACCGAGCCCUCCACGCCCGAGAACUUCGAGCUCAAGCACUCCGUGCCAGGUGUGAUUUCCAUGGUCGUUACUCCGGGCAACGAGGUGACGGGCCAGUUCAACAUCGUUUUCAAACCGUUGCCGCAAUUGGAUGGAAAGCAUGUCGUGUUCGGAAGAAUCGUGGCAGGCCCCACGCAGUUCCUGGAGCGCAUCAGCGCGCUGGGCCUGCCGCUGGGCACCACGACGUCGGACUGCGUGGUGCACGCGUGCGGCUGCUACUCGCGCCGCGGCCAGUACCGCGCCGGCGCCCCCAACACAAGGAAAUUCCCGCCGAGGCGCACCAAGUGAACGGGUUCAUUUGAAAUAUUUGACAUGAAAAAUCGGGUAACUCACGUAAAAUUGUCGACGAUCGCUCGACAUGUAACGAGGAGCAUUUUCAUUGAGCACGCGCGAUGCCGAUGGUCAACAACAACCAUCGACAAUUUUACGUGAGUAAUUUAUUAUUAAAAUUGUUUGAAAUACUUUGUUAUUAAACGUUAUUUAUUUAUUUAUAUCUACUAAUCCUGAAAUUUCGACUCGAUUCUCUUCGACCCGUCAGCCCCCGAAUAUCUCCGCUCGAAAUUCAAAUUUGAUACACCACGCCCUGGCGCUGAUCUUCGUUCUUCUCGUAGUUUAAGGCUUAUUGUCCCUCAACAUCGUACCGGUUUUAUGUCCAACUCUUUUACUGUCCAGGCAAUUAGACUUUGGAACUCUCUUCCUCUCUCAGUUAGACAAGCACAGACCAAAUUCGCAUUCAAGCGCAUGUUGCACAAAUAUUUCUUUGACAAAGUUUCUUCAUCGUCAUCUUAAUGAUUCACACUAGGUAUAUGUAUAUCAAUGUAAAUAUAAUUAUGUAUGUUUAUUUUUAUUACGUAUAUAUGUAAGUUUAUCUUGAAUAUGUAUAGUUUAAUAUUCAUCUAUCCAUAGUUUAGGUUACAGUUUCC